AUCGAUCAUUAUCCGAGAUCAACAACCUUGAGCGCGUGGCGUCGAGCGCGACGGCAGCAUCAGUAUCAGAGAACUGUUCAAAACCUCACCAAAAUAUCGUAGUAAACAAAACCGAGCACUGAUUGUGCAGAUUUUGUUCGCAUUGAUUUCGUCCACGGGAGGCCAAAACACCGAAAUGAUUGUUCUUCCUCUUGCGUUUCUGCUCGCUGCAGGCCUUUUUUCCUCAAUUCUGAAAUCCUCAAGAUCUGUCACACCUUCCCGCCUUAUUUAUAAAGAGCAGGACAUCCUACUUGCCUAGAACAAAGCUCUGCUUCACCUUGGGGCAAUGGCUUCUCAAGGCAUGGUAUAUUGAUAGGAAGGCCAAUCCAGGCAGAGAAGAGGAGAGAAGAAAGGCAUCUCCCAGCCCAUUGUGGGUUCUAGUUGAGCUGUCAUUUUGGCUAGGUCCUGCAACUACUUUUGCACCAUCGCCAUGCAUGAUUCAGCUGAGUAUUAGGGUGUGGACGCCAUUGCUGCUUUUUUUGUGGGGAGUUGAGUAAGGCGAAAGAGAGAGCAAACAAAAGGGGAAGCCUUGGGGUGGUGGAUUCUUGCUUGCUUCAGGCCUACCUUUCUGCAGCCUUAAGUUUGGUGGUUGUAGUGGUGUGUGUAUAAUGUGUUAUCUUCCAAGGGACCAUGUAGGCCUCUAGUAGUGAUCAUGAGAGCCAUCACCGCCCGUGGCAAAGCUUAAAGAAUCGGAUUGCUCACCCCCCUUCUUCUCUGUCUCACCAUGACCAUGUGUCAUCUCCCAGUUUAAGGUUGGCCAUAAGUAUUAAAAGCCAGACUGCUUGUCCUUGUGGUUGGCUAAGUGGUUGGAGUACUAGUCAGUGCCAGAUUAGUCGGGCAAGCAAGCAGGAAAUGAUGCUGCCUCGCAUUGCCAUUAUCUAGCUGCGUUGUUCAUGUGAAGAUAUACAGUGUGUUGUUCAUCUUGUAGCUAGCUUUCUUGUAGGAGACCUUGGUGUUUGCCGUGGCUCUGAAUUCUGAAGUAAAGAUAUAGCCAUGCAGGCAGCCAAGAUAAGGAAUGGCUCCUUGGAACACCCUACCCGGACGUCUUCCCAGGGAGCUACCAAGACGAGCCGGACGGCGAGGCCGGCCGGGCCGGACUCCGCCGCCGACAGGCCGUCGACGAAGUCGCCGCCCGCCGGGAGGAGCCCCAAGGUGGAGCGCCGCAUGACGAUGAGCGCGGAGAGAGAGAAAAGGAGGCCACCGACGAAGCUAUCGGAGCUAGAGUCCCAGCUCUCGCAGCUGCAAGACGAGCUCAAGAAAGCCAAGGAGCAGCUGCUCUCCACCGAGCACUCCAAGCGGCGCGCCCUGCAGGAGGCCGAGGACGCCAGGGCGCAGGCGGCGGCGGCGUCCGCGCAGGUCAGGGACUCCGAGGCGCAGCUCGCCGAGCUCUCCUCCGCCGAGGAGAGCCGCCUCCUCGAGCUUCGCCGGCUGUCCCAGGAGCGCGACCGCUCGUGGCAGUCGGAGCUCGAGGCCAUGCAGAAGCAGCACGCCGCCGACUCGGCCGCGCUCGUCGCGGCCAUGGGCGAGGUGCACCGCCUCCGCGUGCAGCUGGCCGCGGCGGCGCGCGCCGACCGCAAGCAGGACGUGGUGGAGGCGAUGGCCACCAUCGACGAGCUCAGGGUGAAGCUCAAGGCGAGCGAGGAGGCCGAGGCGCAGGCGCGCGCCUUGCACGAGGAGUGCAAGCAGCAGCUGGAGACGAGCCGUGCCACCAUCGACUCGCUGCUCACGGACGGCUCCAAGCUCAUGGACUCCUUCAGCCUCGUGGUCAAGGAGCUCGAGGAGUCACGAGCCAAGGUGAAGGCACUCGAGGAGGAGAUCGCGGAGACGUCGGCGGCAAAGGCCGGCGAGCGUUGCAACUGCUCGGCGUCGGCGUCGGCAUCGGAGGUCGCUGAGCUGAGGUCGGAAUUGGAGUCCACGGAGGCCAGGUUCCAAGAAGAGCGCAUCCUGAGCACAGUGGAGACGCAGUGCGCCUACGAGCUCAUGGACCAGAUAAAAAUGGAGUCCGACUCGCGGCACGGCAAGCUCGCCGCGGCGCUCGAGAGCACCAAGUCCGAGGUCAUCUUCCUCAAGGCGAGCCUCUUCGACAAGGACUCCGAGCUGCGGCGCGCCCUGGACGCGAACGAGAAGCUCCAAUCCGAGACGAGAACGGACAACGAGCUGAAGGAGCAGCUGCAGGGCGCGCUCCUGGAGAACGGGCAGCUGAAGCGCGAGCUGCAGCAGCACACCUCCGAGAAGAAGGCCUCGGCGAAGGCGACGGACGCCGCCGACGCGGCGGCGGAGGCGGCGAAGAAGGGGGAGAUGGAGGCCGAGCUGAGGCGUCUGCGGGUGCAGGCCGAGCAGUGGAGGAAGGCCGCCGAGACCGCCAUGGCGCUGCUCACGGUGGGCAAGGGCGGCAACGGGAAGGUGGUGGACCGGAGCGAGUCGCUUGAAGGAGGCGGCGGCGGCGGCGGCAAGUACGCCGGCCUGUGGGACGAGCUCGACGACGACGCGGCGGCCAGGAAGAACGGCAACGUGCUCAGGCGGAUCAGCGGCAUGUGGAAGAAAUGAGGCUGAUCAGAAUCAAACUGCGCGCGCUAUGCGCUAGGGAAUUUGCUCAUCUUUUCCCGUGUUGUAGUAAAUUCUUUUUGCCGGUUGCUUUGGUACAAAAGGAAAAAGGAGAAAAACAUAGGAGUGUGCUUGUACUGGUUGGGGGUAAACGUGCUCAUAGCUGUAUCAUACGUGGUAUAUGAAGGGUUAAUUCAUCCGGGCGUGACAGAUUGGAUUAGGCUUUUUGUUAGUUUUCGUCAGUUCUGAUUCUCUCAGAUUCACCGAUGAGAGCUGUUUGUAUGUAACCUUUUGUUCUUCAAUCGGCGUGAUUCAAACAUUUCGGCCCA